AUAUGUAUUAAAGAGUGGGAGAGAAAUCAAAUCUCUCUUCUGCCAGUAGAAUCUGAGGAACAUCUACUUAGCAGACUCAUCCACAGACAGUCAUGAAAAUAUCAGGCUUUCUGCUCCUCAGUCUGAUACUGUUCUUCUUUUAUUCAGGUACUGCCCUUGAAGCACCUUCGUUUGAUUGUACAGGUUAUCCCAGAAAGUCUUGCACCUUUGACUACCGCCCCCAUUGUGGUACUGAUGGAAUAACCUACAGCAACAAAUGUGAUUUCUGCAAUGCCUAUGUCCGGCAACCCAGAAGGCUUAGCCUGAGGCACAGGGGAGUUUGCUAAAACUUUGCAGAUGCACAAGAUUAAAGAGAAUCUUACAAGAGAAUGCCGAUUUCAUGUUUUCCUAAUAUACUUAUCACCUAAAAUGUUUCUUGCCUUGUUUAUGCUCCAGUGAAACUGAGAUGUCAAUUUUAAAUAAAAUAAAGCUUUUUAUCGAUUACA